AUGGAUGGUGCGCUGGGUCAUCCUUCUGUUAGUGGUCCUCUGCGUGUGCUGGUCUCCACAGAGUCAGUGUCUGCUCAUCUGGGGGAUACGGCUCUGCUGCGCUGUGAGGUGACAGGUGACCCCAUGCCUGUGGUGCGCUGGCAGAAAAACCGAGAGGACCUGCCCCUGACCUUCGACCCUGACAGCAGAAUGGUCAUCCUGCCCUCAGGAUCGCUGCAGGUCAGCCGGGUGCAGCCACCGGAUUCGGCCACGUAUCGAUGCCUGGCAGAGAAUCCUGGCAGCGCCCGCACGGGCACAGAUGCAGACCUGCGCGUACUGCCCGAGCCUGGAGUGUCUCGGGGUCUGGUGUUCCUCCAGAGGCCGCAGAAGGUCUCGGUUCUCCAGGGCAGAGAUGCUGUUCUAGAAUGCUCCGCCUCCGGCUUCCCCAAUCCGGCUUUCUAUUGGCUGAGAGGAAACGAGCUCAUCCAGAGCCGCUCUAAGAAAUACUCUCUCCUGAGCGGCAGUAACCUGUUGAUCAGCAGCGUCACAGAUGAUGAUUCGGGAAUCUACACCUGCGUCGCUCACAACAAACAGCAGAAUAUCUCUGCGUCCUGCGAGCUCGCUGUACUGGAGGCCACGCCCCCAGCCCUGCCCCCUGAGCCCAGCUCCUCCUCUUUGACUUACUCCUCUCCUCCCCCCUCAGUUACCCCGCGCUCCGCCGUUUCUCCCUCCGCCCCUCGUGACGUGGCCCCCGUCCUCGUGUCCAGCCGAUUCGUUCGUCUGAGCUGGCGGCCCCCGGAGGAGCCUCGCGGCCCCAUACUUACCUAUGGUGUCUUCUACUCCGAGGAGGGCAUCAACAGGGAGCGCUCAGUGAACGUGACGGAGGCUGAGAGUCUGCAGCUGACGGUCAGUAAUCUCCGCCCAGAGGCCAGCUACUCCUUCAGGGUUCUGGCGUACAACGAGCAGGGGCCUGGGGAGAGCUCAGAGGCCAUACGGCUGUCUACACAGGCCGAGCUUCUGGUUCCGGGUCCGGUGGAGAAUCUCCAGGCUGAAGCGGUUUCUCCGACCUCCAUCCAGGCCUCGUGGGAUCCUCCGGCUCCAGUAAACGGCCCCGUGCAGAGCUACCGGCUGCUGUGGACCGAGACCUCCAGUGGGAAAGAGCAGAAUGUGGAGGUGGUGGGUCAGAGCUACAGGAUGGAGGGACUGAAGAAGUUCACAGAGUACAGUUUGCGAGUGCUGGCGGUGAACAGACACGGUCCCGGGGUCUCGGAUAAAGACACACUCAUCACCACGCUCUCAGACGUGCCGAGCUCUCCGCCGCAGAACGUCUCGCUGGAGGUGGUGUAUUCACGCAGCAUUAAAGUGAGCUGGCAGCCUCCUCCUGCAAACGCACAGAACGGCUUCAUCACCGGAUACAAGAUCCGUUACCGAAAAACCGGCCGCCGCGGCGAACAAGAGGCCAUCGAGCCCAACAACCUGUGGUACCUGUUCACCGGGCUGGAGAAGGGCAGUCAGUACAGUUUCCAGGUGUCAGCGAUGACAGUGAACGGGACGGGGCCCAGCAGCGAGUGGCUGACUGCCGAGACGCCUGAGAAUGACCUGGACGAGUCUCAGGUGCCGCAUCAGCCCAGCUCUCUGCAUGUACGUCCGCUCCCCAACAGCAUCAUCAUGAGCUGGACGCCGCCGCUGAACCCCAACACACUCAUCAGAGGAUACACCAUCGGCUACGGCGUCGGCAGCCCUUACGCUCAGACCGUCAGGGUGGACAGCAAGCAGAGAUACUACUCCAUCGAAAACCUCGAGCCCAGCUCUCAUUACGUGAUCUCUCUGAAGGCCUUCAAUAACGCAGGUGAAGGAGUUCCUCUGUACGAGAGCGCAGUCACCAGAUCCAUGACAGACUCGUCCUCCGCGCCCAUGAUUCCCCCUGUAGGUGUGCAGGCGGUCGCACUGACCUCAGACUCGGUGCGCGUCUCCUGGGCCGACAACUCCAUCCCCAAGAACCAGAAGAGCUCCGAGGUGCGCUACUACUCCGUCAAGUGGAGGACCAGCCACUCCACCAGCGGCAAACACAAGUCGGCUGAUACGACAGCUCUGAGUCACACAGUCACAGGUCUGAAGCCCAACACCAUGUAUGAGUUCUCAGUGAUGGUGACCAAAGGACGCAAAUCCAGCACCUGGAGUAUGACUGCACACGCUACUACAUAUGAAGCAGCACCGAGCUCCGCCCCGAAGGACCUGACUGUGAUUGGCCGAGAGGGUCGUCCACGAGCCAUUCUGAUUAGCUGGCAGCCGCCGCUGGAGGCCAACGGACGAAUCACAGGUUCUAUCCUCUACUACACGCUGGAGAAGAAUCUGCCGAUAGAUGAUUGGGUGAUGGAGCCCAUCAGUGGAGACAGACUCACUCAUCAGGUGUUGGACCUCAAUCUGGACACCGUCUAUUAUUUCCGCAUCCAGGCCAAAAACGCUAAAGGAGUCGGGCCGCUGUCGGACCCCGUGCAGUACAGGACCUCCAAAGUUGAGCAUCCGGAUAAGAUGGCCAAUGAUCAAGGUCGUCAUGGAGACGGGGCGUACUGGCCCUCUGAUAAUAACCCCAUUGACAUGAGCAGUCUGAACGCGGUGGUCAGUGCUAUCCCGGUCCCCACUCUGGACAGUUCUCAGUAUCCAGGGAUCCUCCCAUCGCCCAGCUGUGGAUUUACUGCGCACCCCAAAUUCAGCCUGAGACCCAUGCCCUUCUCCACACUCACUGUAGAGCGCAGCUACACCAGCGCAAUGUCAGCAGAGGGCGCCGCACCGAUGGCUCCUCAGCCACAGCCAGCUCUGAUUCCCACAGCGCAGUCAGAGCCACAGGUUUCGGAGGAGAUUCCCAGCCGCAGCAUCCCGACCGCAUGCGUUCGCCCCACACACCCGCUGCGCAGCUUCACCAACACACUGCUGCCUCCACCCAUGGGCACCAUCGAGCCCAAGGUCUACAGCCCCGUCACAGGUGGUAGUUUACCCAAACCGCAGGUGAAGACGGCUUCGCUAGGUCAGGCUGGGAAGGCCAGAUCACCUUUAUUACCUGUCUCAGUGCCAACCGCUCCAGAAUCAGCUGAAGAUGGACAGAAACCUCCAGAAGACCCAUCUAGCGUGUACGAACAGGACGAUCUGAGCGAACAGAUGGCAAGUCUAGAAGGUCUGAUGAAGCAGCUCAAUGCCAUCACAGGAUCGGCGUUUUAACACACACACACACUCUCACACACACACACAGACUGGAGCAUCUGAAACUUUCUCGUCCUCCACACGGAUCAAAAAAGGGAAACAGACUCCAAACUGAGCCUGGAGCGCCGGAAGAGCGGCUCUUUUCUAACUCUGACAUCUGUUUUAUACCUGUAGAUUUUGUCCAUUGGUCUCUGAUGGGAUUAUCAGUGAUGGGAACUGCACUGAUGUCUCGCCAAACUACUGCUGCCAAAACCCCAAAACACUCUUUACUGCGGAUAUAUAUAUAUAUAUUCAUAGGAGAACGGUUUACCAAGUGGACAUGGUUUCGCCAGCGCUUGUGUUCAAGAAAGGAACAAAAGGAGAACCUUCUGCUCGUGCAGCGUUGAUUAUAUUUUGAGUCAUUUCAUUUGUAUGCAUGUUUUGUUUUUUUUCAAUGCACGAGAUUGCAUUGGCUGUUUUCCAGGAUUACACACAUUUGUGCAUUUUAAAUCACGAUGCAUUUACUAGAGCAAAAUGACUUGGGCUGUUUAUCAUGGAUGCACAAUAUGUUGACAUGAGAUUGAUGAAUAGUCACAUCACACAGGCUGCGGCUUCAUAAAUAUAUGCAUUGCUUUAUUCAGAGCAAUGCUGGAUACCCUAAAAUUAACAUUUAAUUUGAUAUUUAAUUUAAAAUGUACUUUAAUUU